AUGUCGGGCGCAGAUUUGCAACUAGUGGUGCACUUGCACGACACCCUGAGAGUCGUGCCAGCCCGACAGAUCAUAGAAGGCAUGCUGCCGUGCGGGCUACAUCUGCCUGGACCCAGCAGGUGCGAAGAGACAUGGGCCGUCGUUCUGACAAAGGCCGACUUCACUCCGGCAGACAAUCCGCUGCAGUGCAAUCACUUUCUCCCCGCCUGGCCAGCAGGAAGUGUCACGGCUUGGGAGGAGUCCGAGCGUGUGGCCCAGAGAGCACGGGAGCUGCGACUUCAGAUCCUUGCCAAGAUAUCCGAGACAGACUUGGACUACAUGGUUCAGAUUCACAUGCAGGACAUGGAAAUGUUGUUCGAGAGGACCGCCUGCCUGCAAGAGAUGCUGCGGCGGCUGCAUACAGAGGCAAAGCACUUAGCCAGAGAUGUGCCCGGGGAUGGCAACUGCGGGUGCUGGACUAUGAUUGCGCUGAAGAGAGGCUCCCCGUUCUUGUCCCUGACAUCGGACGACGCCACCGUGGCGGAGAUGAGGGAGCUCCGCAAGGCUUUGGCUGCACAAUGGCGCGACGUGGCGCAGGAACCCGCGUCGCAGGAGGCCCUGGCUUGGCGGAGCAUCUGCGAUGUGUUCAAGCCUAUGGAGCGCGAGCACGAGCCCUGCAAGAUCAAGGCGGAGCAGACUAUGGAGCAUACCGAACCUCAACGGCUGCCUUGCAAGACCAAGAUCGAGCGUGCCGAGCCGGUCAAUCCUGAGCCAACUUGCCCGAAAUCUGGUCCUGAUGCGGCCCGCCAUGGAGACGAGACACCUCCUGCUUCGGGGAUGCGGCAGGCGGAGGCCAGGCUGCUUCGUGCGCACACACCGCCAAAGCUAUCGCAAACAGCCCGUAAAGCAAUCGGCGCUGGCCUGGUCGUCCCGCGGCCUGAGUCUGGCGCCAGUGUCCCUGUGUCAGCCGAGCUUCCUCAAGUGAAGCAGGAAAGCAAGCAGGGGAGCACACAGAUCAAGCGGGAGCCCAUCCUUGGCGACAUUCUUCCCGGGCAGAACAAGAAGCGUCGCGGCAGACAACCCUUGCCCCAGGAUCCAGUUGACAGGCAGCGUGCUCAAGACGAGCGGAAGCAGAAGAGUGACAAGAAGUCCUGUUUGAAGGCUGUUCGGUUGCACUUAGCCGCAAGAGGCUUGACCUACGAUGAUCACCUCCGGCUGCACACAGAUAAGGCUCCACUCAAAGGUGCUGUCGACUGUCCUGUCGGCGGAUGGGGGGCUAUGAUUGCUCUGCUGCACAGCGGUGCGAUGCCUCAGAGAUGCACCAAGUGUAUGCAGUUGCUGGCAGAGGCUGGCUUUGAGAUGGCUCUUCUGCAAGGUGCUGCGGCGCAGCGCCUACAAGCACCUGCCCAGUCCGCCACAGCCGGCCAGCAGCGGGUGGAUGGGACACAGCCCGUUAAAGAGGAGGACAAGGAUUCAAGGAUGAUGAGGAUGAGAAGGCAGCUAGCUCCUUGUCCUGAUGUUCCACGGGCAAAGCCUGACAUCCUCACUCUCGUCGGCUAUGAGGAAGAUGGCGAGGACAAACGACAAGUUGUCAGGGACCACCCGUUGCUGGAGCUUCUGGCAGAAGGAGAAUUCAGCAAGCGGCAUCCUAUCAGGUGCAAGGCCUGCAAACGCAAGGCUACUCAACAGUAUGCUGUUUUCGACAUGAUAUCCUCGACCACCUUGCGGUUCGUCAAGCAGCACGUAAAUGGAGCAACGCACGUGAAGAAUGCCGCCAAGCUCGCCCAGGCGUCGUCUGCAGCUCCCGUGUCUCGGGGGGUGGGGUCUGGGAGGUUGCCCGUUAAGGAUGCGGAGGCUGGUCCGGAAGAUGGGAAUGUGAUGACGCAGAAGACCCAGAUGCUUCAGUGCCAAGGUUUCUGGGUCCGCCGCGGACCGAAGUCAGCGAAGGUAGUGCAGCUCGGUGACAUGUUCGAGCUCUGGGCGUCCUACUCCAUCACGAAGGUCAUGAAUUCCUCGCAGUUUGUUAAAGGUGAGGCCGGUGAGUUUAAUCACACCUACACCUACGACGUCCCGUCCCACAGCUAUGUCAUCCGGCAUCACAGCUGUGCUGCAGAGGAUGGCUCCAUCGUGGAGAAGGGUGUGCCCCCCAUGUGCUCUGUAUGCUCGGAGCUCGGAAACAACAGGAGCAUAAUCCGCAUGAUGCUGCGGUUCUACAAGAAGUACAGCGCGGCCAAGCUCUUGUCUGCUCGCUGCUUCGAUCCCGAUGGUUUGAGUACUCUCACCGAGGAGAUCAAGAGCAGCCCAGCGUACCCCUUGCUUUCCAAAGAACUGGACGACAUGUUCGGCUUGAACUUGGUGGCCUUGCAAAGUUACGUGCGUAGUCAGUUUCUGUCGGUGGCGCCCAGUCGUUGGAGCAAGGCUCUCGGGGAUUUCAUCGCUGGCCAGGUCAUGCCAUGUCUCAAGAUCGCAGCGUCUACCUGGGAUCCUCGACUGGCCGCUCCAGGUGCUUCGAUACGAAGCCUGGCUGACAAGGUUCGGCGGAACUGUCUGACAAGCGUUUCGGACGUGGAGCUCAAGUUAGCGUGCCACGUUGCAAGUGGCGCCCUUCAUGAACACCCAGUGGUUCAAGGUAUACUGGUAGCGGCAAUCGAACAGGCAGAGCGGGCCAAACGGGGCACAUCUGGGAUGCGGGGUCUUCAGCUCUCGCAGCUGGAGCUAUCCAUGAUGGCCGAGGCCGGCGUAAGUAUGGCUAUGGCAGCUUCGAAUCUUCACUUGGUGCAGCAAUUUGGAUUGUCUUUCACCAUUCCGCGCUUGGCUCUCAACAACAUGUUUGCAAAGAGCCUCCCGGAGCCUUUCCUCGCCCAGCUGAACCUGGAAGGCUUGCAACACAAUUGCAUGCUCAUCGAGAACCAGCUAGCAGUGCCGAGGACAUCGGACACCUUAUCCUCCGCCAAGCCAUCCAAGCCGGCCCGGUUUUUGACCCUAGCCUUGGACAAAACCUACAUACUCAAGGGCAUUGACAUCAUUCAGCUCCGUGCCGGCAGGGGAUACGUGGGAACAGCCUUCGACCCCGCACCGAAGGCUGGUGCGAGUGACGUGGACGACGGGAGCAAGGGUUUCCUGCCGCUGAAGUCACCGCCUGCGCCAGAAGCAGGAUCAGCAGACUCGGAGACAGCUCCUGGUGCUCCUGAACCGCUCAAGUGGGACGCCUCUUCUCUCAACUACGCGCAUGAAAUGCUUGAGUUCCUGCUCUGGGACCCUGCUGUCCAAGGCUUGCCACGCUUUUCAGCAUGCCACAUUCCGACCUCGCGGGAAAGCUCCGCUCUGGACAUGCUGCGCUUGUCCGGGCAGGUGCUGGCCGGUGCGAGUCGGGUGAAAACCAUCGUGCUGGACAAUGCGACGCAGCACUCCUACAUCAAAUCUUUCCUUCUCGGACAAGCAACUGGGAUCAGCUCGGAUGUGGUGCAAACUCUUCCCUUUUGGAGCCGCGUGACAUAUGCCCCGCUCCCUGAUUGCAGCUUGCCUCGCCUGCCAUUCAAGAAACCUGUUGUCGAUGGGCAAGUCCUUUUCGGCCUGAAUGGGCCAGCCCACGUACAGAAGAACAUGGCGGGCCAAUGUCGCAGUCCAGCCAGAACAAUACGUUUCGGAAAGUACUUCGUUGACUUCUCCGCCUGCUUGGACCUCAAGAUGCCGCCGGGGGCCUUCCAAGGCUACGAUGGGCAGUCGGACCUCGAGGCUGCGAGCUUCUUCAACUCUUUCCACUACAUCACCGACUUGGUGCCCGAUGUGGCUGGUGUCCAAGUGCCUUGGUCUCUCGUAGGAGCACUCCUGAUGAACUUGACUUCCUGCCUGGCAGUCUCCGCCGUGUUUCAUCCAGGUUUGAGCACCAGGCAACGUUUGGAAAAUUGCUUAACCAGCUUUGUGCUGCUAGAUUUGGGUGCGAUGGAAGCGGACAAGGCUUGCGGUGAGCUUGGCCUACAGAAGGGCAGCUGCUGGUUGCACCGGGUCACGCAAACCAAUGUUCAGCAGCUCGUGGGCAUGAUCACCGUGGCGUGUGCCAGCGUCGGCCCGGAUUCCCCAUGGUAUCCUUGGAGGUCGUCCGAACUACCACUGGAACAGUGGUUCGGAUACCUCAGAGGUCAAUUUCCUUCCUCGCAAAUGACCAUCAGAGACUUUCUUUACGCAGCCGGACGUAAGAUGCAACAAACAUCUUGCAGGUUGAGCAAGCAGCCGCCGCAGCGGAUCCGGUCCAACACCACAGAGGCAAUCUCGGAUGCAGAGUUUGCCAUGUGUGCCAAACGGGCAUUGCAGGCUGCGCUGGACCUGAUGGCGUCGUGCAGUGAUACCACAGCAGAGACCUUGCUUCGAAGCUACGUGCAGUACUGUGCCCGUCGGCAGGACGUGAGUGUGGAUGAACCUCAAGAACCUUGGAGCGAAGAGGCUGGAGAAGAAGGCGAAUUUGCCGAGGACUUUGUAGAGGACGAGGAGCAGGCGCCCCACAUUCACAAGAACGAUGGUGAACAAGAGCCUUCGCCAGGACCAUCGCUGUCGGGCAGCGACGCCAAGUGCUUCGAGCUCCUCAAUCAGAUCAAAGCGCGGCAGCAGGCAGACAACCAGGACAUUGAUGAGUUGGCAGCGAUGAAUGAUCAGCAGGCGCAGCGACUGGGCGCUGGUGGUUGCCUUCCGCCACCGGUCUUGGAUGAGGCAAGCUGGCAGGAAGUGCAGGGUGCUGAGCAAGGAACCGAGGACAAUCUGCCGCAAACAACAGAUGGUCACAUACUGACGCUGGCUGACGCGCUGUCCCGAGCAGGUGUGGGCGAUGGCAAGGCCAAGAGCGUGGAGUCAGCUCUGCCGUGGCUUUGGCUCUUGUUGACAUCCUUGAGGGCGCCAGCCGAUGCUCAUGCCCUGCCAAAUCCUGCAUCGACCCGUCGAGUGCGCUCCAAAUUGAACUGGCAUCAGCUUGCUGAGCGUGAGAUGGCCAUCGUGCGGCAUCUGGUUGGGGCUCCAUCAAAGCGCACCAGCCGCGCUGCAGCAUGGAGAGCGCUUGCGGCCAGUCUCAAGGAGCAGUCUGCCAACACCGACGCUUCGGAGCUCGAGGAGUGUGCAACAGGAGCAAUCGUGCUGUUUGUGCCGACGGGAUCUGUGCAGUGGCAGGUUGGUUGCAUACUCACGGUAUGGAGAAAGACAGCUCGCGGUUGCAAGCCAACGCACCUCCCCACACCUAUGCAGGCCGUCAAAUGUAUGCGUGUGGUAGCUAUGCAGCCAAAGCAGGGUGAGCCCGAGGGAACCUUUGUUGCCAGUGCCUGCAGUCACGCUGCAGUUUGCGCAGUCCACCGCGUCGCCCUGAUCUUGAAGACGGAGGUCUUGACACCAGCCUUGGAUGGACUGAGCUGCCGCCUCACACCCUUAUCGCUGGAGAUCGUGCAGAAGGCCCAUCAGUUUACGAGCUGGGAAGAGCAACUGCAGGGGAAACUGCCAGCAGAGACAGCCUGUGGAGAUGAUGGUCGCGCAACGGGUGAUGCGCAGGAUGCAACAGUUGCAGAGGCGCCAGCUGCAGGAUCUACAGAUGAUGCCAGGACUUCGAAGAAGCCACCGGUCAGCAAAAUCCAGCAGCAGCUCAGGAAAGGGCUCGUGAGACACAUGACCCUCAAAGCCAAGGCCUCAAAGAAGAAGAAGGACAUCAUAGCUGUCCCGGCAAAUUUUGCCCGGACAAAGCUCGGGGAGCAGCUGAUUCAGCAGGAGUUGCAGAAACUCUUGGAAAUGGAUUCUCUUCACCACCCAUCUCGCCCGAUCUUGGACAGUGAAGGCCGUGUGAAGUUGAGAGGCGGGAAGAUUGGUCCCACGUGGGAGGAGCUGCUUCUUCGAGCCCCGGCCCAUGUUAGCCAGAGGUUCACAAAAAUCCGCCAGAGGGAGGCAUAUGGACGCGCGGUCCAUGCACUUUUCGUGAAGAUCACCGCGAAACUGGCUGGAGAAGCACACUCCCGUCAGGAGUUGGUUUGGGAUUGA